AUGAGGAUCAAAGCGAAGUUGAUUCUGGUGAUAAAGAUUUUGAUGCAAAGACCGCUUUGCAACUCGUCGGUGUUUAAAGUAGUAUACUCCAGGCAUAAUUUCUCCAAGAUAAAUGAAUCCAUAUUUAGACGCUCCUUUGCUGCAGACUCACCACCAUCAACUUGGGCUGCCCAGAAAGGAGUAAAACGCUUGUCAACAGGAUGUCGAGGGUGA